GCUGGGUCAGGGCUGCAGAGGCGCCUGGCGCACCCGCGGGAGCGGAGCCGCGGCGCGCUCGCCCCGGACGCCGGCAGCCCCUCCGCUCGCCCUGCUGAGCGAGCGGCCCGGGGCGCCGAGGGGUCCGCGCUGCCCCGCGCCGCGCGGGGCUCUUCGCCCUGGCCGCCAUGUGCUCCCAGCUCUGGUUCCUGACUGACCGGCGCAUCCGCGAGGACUACCCGCAGGUGCAGAUCCUGCGCGCCCUCCGACAGCGCUGCUCCGAGCAGGACGUGCGCUUCCGGGCGGUGCUCAUGGACCAGAUCGCCGUCACCGUCGUCGGCGGCCACCUCGGCCUCCAGCUAAACCAGAAGGCCCUCACCACCUUCCCAGAUGUGGUACUUGUGCGGGUACCCACACCCUCAGUACAGUCAGACAGUGACAUCACUGUCCUGCGACACCUGGAGAAGCUGGGCUGCCGGUUGGUCAAUCGUCCACAGAGCAUCUUAAAUUGCAUCAACAAAUUCUGGACAUUCCAAGAACUGGCUGGACAUGGAGUCCCCAUGCCAGACACCUUCUCCUAUGGUGGGCAUGAAGACUUUUCAAAAAUGAUUGAUGAAGCUGAGCCCCUGGGCUACCCAGUCGUGGUGAAGAGCACACGAGGCCACCGGGGAAAAGCUGUUUUUCUGGCAAGAGAUAAACAUCACCUCUCUGACAUCUGCCAUCUGAUCCGCCAUGAUGUACCCUACCUGUUCCAGAAGUACGUGAAGGAGUCCCAUGGAAAGGACAUCCGGGUGGUGGUGGUAGGGGGCCAGGUCAUAGGCUCUAUGCUUCGCUGUUCCACUGAUGGACGGAUGCAGAGCAACUGCUCUCUCGGUGGCGUAGGCGUCAUGUGCCCGCUGACAGAACAAGGCAAGCAGUUGGCCAUUCAGGUGUCCAACAUCCUAGGCAUGGACUUCUGCGGCAUUGAUCUGCUUAUCAUGGACGAUGGCUCCUUUGUGGUGUGUGAGGCAAACGCUAAUGUCGGCUUCCUUGCCUUUGACCAGGCGUGCAACUUAGAUGUGGGUGGGAUCAUUGCAGACUAUACCAUGUCCUUGCUGCCAAAUAGGCAGGCUGGGAAGAUGGCUGUCCUCCCAGGACUGUCGAGUCCGAGGGAGAAGAACGAGCCAGAUGGCUGUGCUUCAGCUCAGGGAGUUGCAGAGAGUGUCUAUACCAUCAACAGUGGGUCUACCUCUAGCGAAAGUGAGCCUGAACUGGGAGAGGUCCGGGAUUCCUCAGCAAGCACAAUGGGGGCCCCACCCUCCAUGCUGCCCGAACCUGGCUACAACAUUAACAACAGGAUUGCUUCUGAAUUAAAACUUAAGUGAAUUCCUGCUUUUUGGCAGCAUUUAAACCAAAUCCUACCGCUUCCCUAGUAGUUUUGAGUGAAUAAAAUCUGGACUAAUGUGA